CAGCAUCCCCUGCGUGUUGAUACACGGGGUCCUAAGGACGACUAGCAAAGAGCCGACGUCUCUACUGAAACACAAGGCCCGUCCCAACCAUGUGUGGAGCAUGGUGCUUGUGCAGGAGCAAUGGCGGUUGGUAGACUGCGCAUGCGGCACUGGCUUCUUCGACCUGGAGGACAAACAGGCCCGGCUGAGAGAGUUUUUUUUCCUCCCCGACCCAGAACAUUUCAUCAUAACCCACUUUCCCCUGGCAAUGUCCCAGGAAGGCACAGACGUGAAGUCUUCUCCCGCCAACGGCUGCAGUUCGACCAGUCUUGAGGUCAAAGAAGGUUUGCAAAUGCUUGAAAACCCUUUAAAAUUCGGCCAGUUCUGCCAACAAGCAAUGACGUCAAUUGUCGCCUUGGAAUCAGGACUUGAGCUCUCCUCACACGCUCAUGCACACGUCACAGUGAAUAAUCGAUAUUCUUCUCUUUGCUCAAAGAAACACAAUAAGAUGCAUGGGAUGACUGACGCUGCUUUGCUGUCGUUCCUUCUCUUGCAGCAAUCCCAGAGAUAA